UUUGGAAUUGAUAGCAUAGACUUCCAAAAGUGGAGGCAGGGGCAGAGAGACGACGAAGAAAGGGAAAAAGCCCGAUUGCUGCGGAAUCGGCAGCUUGAUAGGACCCUCCAUUGGUUUCAAUCUCUUGGACAGACACACACAAACCAAACCCACAAAUACUUCGCUCCCACAAAUUGCAAAUUCCACCUGGUUAACCCAAAAUCCAAGAAAUGUCAUUCCUUUUCCUUUUCCUUUCCCUCAAUCCAUUCGUCUUCUCCUCUGCUUCUCAUUGUUGUUUCCCUUUUCCUGUGGUGCCCACCGCCAGGACCCACUCAUCAGGACGGCCUAGGCUGCCACCACCGCCGCCGCACUGCUCCGCCACUUCUUCCCUCAGAUGCUAUAGUUGAUGAAGAUGAUAUAUAUUGGAGACGUAGAAGGGGUGAUGAAGAGUUAGAAUGGUCACAUAGUUCCACCCAUGUAAUUUUACAGCUAGCUCAAUGUUUUACUAAUGCUAUGGUUGGACCACGAUCAUGGAUCGUAGGACUCUUCAAUCGCUCAGGCAACAAAAAGAAUGAUAAGUUUUUUCAAUAUCCUUUGAGUCCUCUCCAGGAGGAAAGGCUUCAGAGGCUGCAAGACCGUAUGCAUAUACCUUUCGAUGAGACAUGCAUUGAUCAUCAAGAAGCUCUGAGAGCAUUGUGGGAUGCUGCUUAUCCAGAUAUUGAGCUUAAAGGGAUGAUAUCUGAGCAAUGGAAAGAAAUGGGAUGGCAAGGUCCUAAUCCAUCCACCGACUUUAGGGGUUGCGGGUUUAUUUCCCUUGAAAACUUGCUGUAUUUUUCCAGGACGUUUCCGGCAUCUUUUCGUAGGUUAUUACUAAAGGAAGAUGGUAAUCGAGCAACUUGGGAAUAUCCGUUUGCUGUUGCUGGCAUAAAUGUAUCAUUUAUGUUGAUUCAAAUGUUGGAUUUAAACUCAGAAAAACCAAGGUGUCUUCCAGGACUAAAUUUUUUGAGACUAUUAGGAGAGAACGAAGAAGCAUUUGAUGUGCUAUACUGCGUAGCUUUCGAAUUGAUGGAUGCUCAGUGGCUUGCUAUGCAUGCUUCCUAUAUGGAGUUCAAUGAGGUUUUGCAAGUAACCAGAACGCAGCUGGAAAGGGAGCUAUCUUUGGAGGAUGUUCACAGAAUACAAGACCUACCAGCUUAUAAUCUGUUGCAUCAGUAGUUUUGUUGUCGUGAUGGUGGGGAAGAGAUUGUAUACUGAACAAUGGCAACCAGUUUCAGAGAUUGGGGAAGAGAUUGUAUACUGAACAAUGGCAACCAGUUUCAGAGAUUGUUUUAAGUUUGAAGUUGGGAACUUACCUUUUGUUGUAUUGGGUUUUUGCACUGUCUCAUGAUUUUGGAAAUAGAAGCUACUACUAUAUUCAUAAUGUAUCUAACAUAGUCAAACUUUUUUCU